AUGGCCCCGCUGGGCGAGCGCAAGGACCUCGUUCAGAGCAGGCAGCCGGUCCUGUGCCCGCCCAGGCCCGCGUGCCUGUCACGGCCAGAGCACAUCGCGAUGCGCUAUCGAGCAAGAUGGCGGAGUCAUUCCAGCGCCCACCGACCUCGCACCCAAGCAUGGAACCGGAAGAGGGACUGCGCGGAGUAUGCGGAGUUCGGUGGCCGCGACACGCAGGACGGCCCCAUCAGCGCGGCGUGCAUUGUUAUCAUGCCCAAACUUGUCGUGGCCCUGCUCCAACCGCACCGCGCGCGAGCUGAUGGAGCAAAGCGGCUUUUAACCACCUAUUCCGAAGCUCUGAACCAGGAGAGGGCCUCGGAGCCCCCGAGCAUGCCUUCCAGCGAGCGCUGGUUUAUCGGGUGCGGCGUGAGUCGCUCUGAGAAUGGGGCUUCCUUCAAGGGCCCAUAUUGGUUGGACAGGGAUUUGGAGAGGUUCAAGAUGACUUCAGCUCAGAGCAGUGCGGAUCGAAGGCACAUCCUCUCGGACUUCUGCGGGCAGCUCUGGUGGCGCAUACAGAACCAGCCAGAAAGCCUGUGCCUGCCGCUAACAGUGGACUUCGUGGGCGAGCAUGGCAUCGAUGCUGGGGGGUUGCGAAAGGAGUGCCUCCACUUGGUCUUGCGAGAGAUGUACACCAAGACGCAGAUCUUCGCAGAGCUGGACGAGUGGCCGGGUCUGCUCUGGUUCCGCCCACCCAGCGAGCAUGAUAAGGUGCUUUCCAGCACCCCUCCAGAGCAGACAGCACACGACGAGACCUGGGUGGAGCAUCUGCCUGAGAUCGCCGGAGCUAUCGUGGGCUUGGCCGUUUACAACGCCAUCUACUUGGACUUCAGGUUGCAUCCUCUCAUGUACAAGUUCCUCAUCCACGGUCUGGCGAACCAUACCAUCGAGGACCUUCAGGGUCUUCAUCCAUCUCUCUACAGGUCCCUGACCAGCCUGCGCAAGCACGACAUUCGGGACCUAUGCUUGACGUGGUCGGUCCGGCUGCCUGGUGCCAACGAGGACACAGCGUUGGGAGGAAGGCCGCGAAGUGCCGACGUGCAGCAAGAUGAGCUCGAAGCAUUCAUUCGAGAGUAUGCGCAAGCCGCCCUCUAUGCGGGCGACAUGGAGCAGCUCCGGGGGUUUGUGCAAAAAGCCUCGGUUUGCAUGGCUGUCGGGCCAGCCUUCCGCCUCUGCACCGCCCAUGAUUUGGAGCUGCUGAUAUGCGGGCUUCCAUAUCUUGGGGACUUCAAGGACCUUGAGCUCAGCUGCAAGUACGCAAAUGGCUUUCAUCCAGAUCAUCCCGUGGCAAAGACGUUCUGGCGGGUGGUGCACGGCAUGUCCGAGAUCUGGCAGCGGAAGUUGCUGCUUUUCUGCACGGGCUGUGAUCGAGUACCCAUCUUGGGCCUGCGGGCUCUGAACUUCGUUCUGUCACGGAGCGCCGUUGACCUGGACCAUCUCCCGACGGCUAACACUUGCAUCAAUCAGCUGAACUUGCCGGAGUAUCCGACGGAGGAAAUGAUGCAUGCUCGUCUGCAUGCUGCAUUGGAGCACUACACGGGCUUCGGCUUCGCCUGA